AUAUUACGCGUCAUUGGUAGUUCAGUUCCUAGUGGCUAGUCGCCAUUUGUUUUUUUAAUUGCCGCAGUGGCUAAUAGCGACAUUAAACUUAUCGGCGACAAAAUAACGCCGUCGUGAUUUUUUGAUCAUCGCCAGUACAUUAUAAUAUAAUACUAUAUUUAUUAUUAUCUUAGUCCGUGUUAAUGACUGUUGUUUGACUGUGGCGGUAGCGACUAGCGUUUGUCUCAGGCGUGUGAGUGACGCUGUACAUUAUUCCUUCCGGUUUGCCGAACCAACCUAACCUUAUUCGUUUCGAAUAUUGUUGACAGCAUUUUCUUCGCGAAAUUACAUUUCACUGUCGCCGCGUUUUCCUCGUCACAGACAUCACAUUGUUCUUCUGAUUAACAAGUACCGUAUUAUAACACACUGAAAAAAUGGUAGAAAACAGAGGAGUAAGUAUUAACAUACAAUGCUGCGUAGUGUGUACUCAUCAAUCAUGGCGUCUCGUCUUAUUGAAAGUCGUCGAUAGCCCGAGAAAUGGAUGCCUAUGAACGUAUUAAGCUUUUAGUUCGUGAUCGAGAACACACUUCCAUCAAAUUUAAGAUAAGAAAAAAUACUCUGCUUAAGAAAUUAAUGAACGCAUACUGUGUGAGAACUGGUAUGGAUAUGGCCACUACAAGAUUCCGCUAUGAUGGAAAUAUGUUAAAUGAAAAUGAUACUCCGUAUACAACUAAUAUGGGAGAAGGUGACGUAAUUGAAGUCUUUCAAGCACAGAUUGGUGGUUGAUUUUAUUUUAACUAUGAUUAACUACUUAUAUUUUAUACAGAAGUUUAAAUUUCAUUUAUUAAUCAACAUUUCAUAUACAUCAUAUUAGUUUUUGAAACCUCAAUACUAAACAUUGUCUUUUUAUCUAUUCCGACCAAAUUAAUAAAAUUUUUAAAAAUGAAAAAUAUAAUUAUAAUUAUAAUCAACUUGAACAAUAUCAAGAAUUUAACUACAUUAAGCAAAUAAAUGUUAUAUGAACCGAACAUUAUAGAUGAAAUAUUUACAGUAAUACAUUUUUUGUAAACAAAUUUAUUCUUAUGAUAAUUAUUAUUUUCAUACUCCUUUAGCUUAAUAA